CAAAAUCAAGGAAAGCUGAUAUCGUACUGCUGACUAGCGGUAAAUUGGGCGUCUACCUACUGCCAGUAUGGUCUAGGGACAACCGACAUAGACACCGCACACACUCCUUUCAUGCCUAUAAGACGCUUCUUUUCUUCAUCCAUCUGGCAAAUUGUCCCAACUGCGAGUUGUACAACAAAUCUAUCCUGCUAAAAGGCUAUUCCCGCAUUAUGUUGCCUCCUCUGGAAACUGGUCGCUUCUUUUUCCCGCCCGAGUGGCAUCCUCAUCUUGCUACCAUACUUGGUUUCCCAUCCCGAGCAUCGACUUGUGACGAGCUCCACGAUGACAACUGCAGUGAAAUAGUCGACCUUGCCGCUGCGAUCGCAGAGUUUGAGCCCGUUCGGCUGUACGCGCGUCCAGAAGACGUAUCUGCUGCCCAGGACCUUGUUAACCGCAAGGUAGCCGAUCCCUCCCAAGUGAGCGUCGUCCCCACGCCCAUCAACCACUGUUGGGUACGCGAUACUGGCCCGGUGUAUGUUCACGACGCGUCCGGCGAGUUAGAUCCAAAGCAGCGACUGGCGAUCAGCUUCGAAUUCAACGAAUGGGGCAAUAAAAACGGAUGGGAAGGUAUCGAUGGGGAUUACCGAUUCGCCAACCCUUCCAUGACGCCGAAAUGUUUGCAGGAGAACACCGACUUCGCUCGGAAUGUCAUCGAGAGCGACACCACCCCAUCGCCCGUGCAGCUGGUCAAAUCACGCAUCCGCACGGAGGGCGGCGGUCUCGUCGUCGACGGCGACGGCACCUUGAUUGUUGCCGAGAGCUAUAUGGUCUGCGACCAGCGCAACCCUGGCCUGAGUCGUGAUGAGAUCGAGGUAGAACUGCGCCGGGUCCUUGGCGUGGAGAAAGUUAUCUGGGUUCCUGGACGGAAGGGACUCGAUAUCACCGACUGCCAUGUGGAUGCUGAGGUGCGAUUCAUCCGCCCGGGUGUCCUCGUCUGGUCACGCCAUCACCCCAGUGUUCCACAGGUGUGGUUGGACAUGUCCCACGAGAUCCGCCACAUAUUGGAAAACGAAACAGACGCAAAAGGCCGGAAAUUCGAACUGCAUGCGAUUGAUGAGCCCGGCCCGGCAGACCUCGGGAUCGAAGAGCACGACGAGUUCGUUUCUGGGUACGCCAAUUUCUAUUUCUGCAACGGAGGAGUGAUUAUUCCUGGAUUCGGCGUCGAGGAGUACGACCGCAAAGCGAGGGAAACCCUGCAAAAGCUGAUGCCGGAGCGCAAGGUGCGACAGGUGCAACUCAACGCCAUUCCCUUGAGUGGUGGUGUGAUUCACUGUGUGACACAGCAGGUUCCAAUGCCAGUAGCAUAAGUAUUUGCUCUAUCCCUCAUCGUGUUCCCAUGCCUUUGCAAGAUCGGCGUAUACUUUUUUGGUGUACGCUACCUCUGGAGCCAACAUGUAUGCCCUCAACCUGUCAGUCUCUUAUAUGCGAAGGAUUUCUACUGUUUGCGAAAUUUUGUUGAAUAUAGCUCUACAUGUCUAUACCUGAGUGAUGGCUCCUUGCUUCCUAGUGUUUACGCGACUCAACAUGUUUUGAAGCUCCCUUUCAAUUUUUCCAUGCCGUGUAUCUUCAAAUAGUUGGGAGUCUUGCCUAGAGCUUCAUUAUCGUAAGCGAAGAGCUAUUGGCCAACUCUUUUGAGGUAGAGUUGAGGCUUUAUUUGAAUAGCGCGUAGAAUACUUAACAAGGGACUUGUUAUACAUCUCCCAC